AUAUUCACGCUACACCAAUCUCGUGACCUGACUUGUGAUCGAACAUGGAAUAGCUGAGCGCGACAGUAUCUCACGACUGCAACCGAUCAACUAUCCCCGAAUUUUGUGCAAUACCAGUGCUGAGACGACAAUAAUCAUCCCUUGGUGGUGAGGCUCACAACCAUGGCUGAUCGCACGAACAUUAAGGACAUGAUUCCGGCCCUGCCGGACGAGAAUAUCGAUAUGCUUGCUGCAACGAGUAUCUUGCAGCAGCAAGCUGCCGAUAUUAGGAACCAGCGCAUCAACUGGCAGUCGUAUCUACAAUCUCAGAUGAUAUCCAAAGAAGACUACGACUUCAUUGUUGCCUUUGACACCAGUGAUUCUGCAGCCAGAGAAGCUAAGCUAAAAGAGAAUCCUGGACAGGCUGCCAAAACUUUCCUCAAUCUACUUGGACAUGUCUCUAAAGAUCAGACGAUCCAGUACAUCCUUACUAUGAUUGAUGAUAUGCUGCAGGAACACCGCAACCGUGUUGAGAUCUUUCGUGAACACUCUACACGCAAGAGGGAAUCAAUAUGGGGACCCUUCUUGAACCUCCUGAAUAGACAGGAUGGUUUUAUCAUGAACAUGACAUCCAGGAUAAUUGCUAAAUUAGCAUGCUGGAGUCAUGAUCCCAUGGAGAAAACUGAUCUGCAGUUCUACCUUACUUGGCUCAAAGACCAACUGAAGUUGAGCUUUGAGGCCCUUCAGGAGGGAAGCAUGCAUGCAGAGAUUGCGCAGGAUGCCAAUCCCACCGAGACUGGAGAGACCAAUGAGUUACAUGAAUUGCUCAACCCGGUUGGUUCCGUAACAACUCAACAUAAAUUUUUAAUGAACAACGAGUACAUUCAGUCAGUGGCAAGAUGUCUGCAAAUGAUGCUCCGUAUCGACGAGUAUCGCUUUGCUUUUGUUUCUGUAGAUGGAAUUUCUACCUUGUUAAGUGUUCUCUCUGGCAGAGUAAAUUUCCAAGUUCAAUAUCAAUUGAUCUUCUGUCUAUGGGUGCUUACCUUCAAUCCGCUGCUUGCCGAAAAAAUGAAUAAAUUUAAUGUUAUUCCUAUCCUUGCUGACAUAUUGAGUGACUCUGUGAAGGAGAAGGUCACAAGAAUCAUCCUUGCAGUAUUCAGAAAUCUAAUCGAAAAAGUCGAAGAUUCGCAAGUCGCAAAGGAGCAUUGCAUUGCCAUGGUCCAAUGCAAAGUCUUAAAGCAGCUAUCGAUUUUGAGCCAAAGGAAGUUUGAUGACGAAGACAUCACCGACGACAUCGAAUUUUUGAAUGACAAACUCCAGGCCUCAGUUCAGGACUUGAGCUCGUUCGAUGAAUACGCAACGGAGGUCAAGUCUGGCCGUCUCGAAUGGUCACCUGUGCACAAGUCCGGAAAGUUCUGGCGAGAAAACUCGAGCCGUUUGAACGAGAAAAACUAUGAACUUCUUCGUAUUUUGGUUCAUUUACUGGAGACUAGCAAAGAUCCCCUGGUAUUGAGCGUCGCCUGUUUCGAUGUUGGCGAAUACGUUCGGCAUUACCCCAGAGGAAAACACAUUAUUGAACAAUUGGGAGGCAAACAACGAGUAAUGCAGUUGUUGAGUCAUGACGAUCCUAACGUACGGUACGAAGCACUUUUAGCCGUUCAGAAGUUAAUGGUACACAAUUGGGAGUACCUUGGAAAGCAGUUGGAAAAAGAACAAACGGGAUCGACUGGAGCAAGCGGAGCUAAAGCUGGAACCCAGAAAACCUAAACGGAGUCGCAUCGUGUACCAAACCAUGAACCGCACCCGACUUUCCAGCCAUAACUUCGAUCAUCAUAGCUGAAAAAUGAAAUAAGUCAUAUAUUUGACUUUAGCAGUUACAGCAUGAGCGGUUGAAUCAACAGGUCAAACAAGGCAGUUUUAGCAUUGGUGGCAGAUCACUAUAUCUAGACUCGGCACGCAUAUUGUUAUAGAGGAAAUGGAAAAGUCCAAAACUGCUUUGUUUUGAUAAUUGAUAUCUAGCAGGCCACACAUACGUAUGUGUAUGUAGUACAUUAACAUUUAGUUUGAUUUUUUUGAAAACUUACCAAUUGUCAUCCGACUGGGAAAACCGUGAGGAUUGAACACGAUAUCUGGGAUGAGACCAGUCUCUGUGAACGGCAGAUCUUCUGCUGGCCACUUUUGCGAACAAAUACCCUUUUGACCUGCUCGAGAGGCAAAUUUGUCACCGACACUCGGAUUACGCUGUUGAGAAAUAUUAGAUAAAUUAACAAAUAGCCAACCAAGUUGUUGAUGAAUGGAAUUAUAUUUUUAACAAGUUAAACGAAUUAUAUUACUUACAGAAAUACGUAAAGUUAUGCACACUUUACCCUUAGUGCUACUUUGUAAAGAUCCACAAAGCUUUAUGUUGUCUACGAAAGCCGCCUCUUUUCCCUUGUAUUUUCCUAUUAGGAAUGUUUUGUGAUCUACUUGAUAAUAACUAAAAACGUAUACAUUUAAUUAAAUUCCAAUGAUGUACUAUACAACAUUUAUGUAUUAUAAUUGUAAUUUAAAUUCAAUCACUUAAAGUGUUUUUAAAUGUAAAAAGUAUUGAAUGGUACUAACUACUGUGUUAAAUUAAAAUAUAUUAAUCCUGUAUUUGUUAA